UGUGUCGCUCCGCCGAGCUCUCCCGGUUUAAACCCUCCAAACCGGCGCUCGUUGCAGAGCGAGAUGCAGGACAUGCAGCAGCUUCACAGAGGUCAAGGUAGCAACAGUGAUCCAGUUGCCAACUCACACCGAGAAGAUAUUCAGGACGUCCUUCACAAGACCAAAAGUGACGAAAUAGCUCAUCAUCUGCACAGGAAGGAUAGGCCUUCUCUCUUCCGGCAGCAGCAACAGGCAGCUCUGAGACAGAAGCUUCGUAAAGUGCACCGAGAUCCUGAGCUGCACAGGUCUGUGUGGGAGGAGAAAGGGGAGAAAGACAAGAAGAAGCAGAAAGCCUGGGAGAAGGAGCAUAAGCACGGCCAGACUGGGAGUCAGAGUCAGGAGGCCAAGAAGGUAGUUCAGGUGAAAUCGGAAGAAGAGGUUGCAACGUGCAGGGAGCAAGCUACGGUGUUACCGGAGCGCCAUGAGACACAUACAACGCUCCUGCUAACGGAGGAUGACUUUAGUGACAUGAAAAAGCAGGUCUGUCACCUGCAUACCUCUCUGAAAUCUGGACAGGGCUGUGCUGAACUCACAAGUCAAGUUCCCCACGUUCGUAAAGGAGAUGACACAGAGGGUCAAGAAGAAGGCACGGCUGUGGAAAAGGCGCUGAGGGACCGGGGGGAUAUCCCAGCCUCAGAGUCAAAGCAACCUGAGCCGCAGGCGGACAGAAGUGGUCUCCUGCUGACCCUUGGGAGGAUCGAAGCGAUGGUCAGCAGCGCCCUCGGGACGGCCGAGCUGGUGAGGCUGAGCGAGCGGAGGGUGAGCCAGGUGAGAGAAAAGAUGGAGAGCAUCACUCAGAAGAUGGGAGAGACUUUAGACCGAGCAGCGGACACUGAUGAGCCGACCGAGGUCAGGGAGAAACGUCCGUCACAGUCCCCAGGUCUCACGCAGCCAGCUAAUGGUGAAACAGGAACAAUAAACGUCUUGGAUGAUGUUGGACCUGAACAGAAAGACAUUACACAGAUUCUUUCUUCAUCUCCUGUUUUCCCAGAAGUCCCAGAGCCUCCACAGCUGCCCAUGAAUGGUGCUGCAGGACGAGGCAGCAGCUGGGAGCUCCAGCAAGAGAAGAAACUCUCCCUGCCUGAGUUUUCUUUAAAAAAAGGCAACGGCAACUUGAGGGCGUCCUCCAGUCCUUUGUCCUUGCCGUUCUCCCGCUCUCGCCCCUCUCUGCCCCCCAUCAUGCCCACCCUGCCCGAAGAAGAAGAGGACUCUCCCGAAGAACUGGACAGUUCAUCCAGCUCUCCUCGAACAUCUACAACAGGUGAAAGCCAAGCUGUUAUAAUGACCGCCCCCACCAUCGUCUACCCACAGAAGGCUGUCAUUGUCCAACAAGAGGGACGGUCCCUCGAACAUGUCAGGCCACACAGUCCCCGAGCUCGCCAGGCCAGAAACUCCUCUGGAGGACCCAUCACCACGGUUGACAGCACUGGUAAUGUGAUUGACCUGGUGAAAGAUCAACUUCCAGAGCUUCAGCUCUCUGAAGAGGACCGGCAGAAAAACCUGGAGCUUCUCGAACAGGCCAAGAUGGUCAGCGACCGCUUCCUGACCCGCCGUGGACGCCGGUCCAUCAGCAGCCUCACCGACUCACCCACAGCCCUCUCUCCGUCUCCAACGCCGUCUUCCUCCCCACGUUCAUCAAGAAGCAGCUCUUUCAUUGGCCCACCUCAGACUGCUGCAGGUACCACAGAGGCCACACAUGGCUGCCCACAGUCACAUUUAGAGGUGCCAACAGGGAGAGAGCAGCCGGAUUUAAAAAACAAGGAUCAGGAGGAUGAGCCUUUGGUGGAUUAUAAGCCGGUUGAGAAAAGGAAAGUGUCGUCCGGGACGCUAACACCUCGCUUUGCCGUUCAGAAGGAAAACCGCGACCUCACCAGGCCUCGGAGUCCGCAGGCCGUCAGUAAAGCAGAUGAGGUUUCAGGUCGAAGCCCAAACCUGACCCCAGCUACGGGGGUGGCCAAGCCCGUACCCAGACCGCCUACCCAGCAGGCCCCCUGCACAGCGGAGAUCAAAACAAUCGGUGCCUUCCCUCCGCUGAUGAGGGCGGUCUCCUGGGAUUCUGUCGGCAGCAUUAACUCGAGAACUGGAGCCUCCGGUUUCCCACCAACAGUCGACGAGGUUUUCUCGGAUAAACCCAGAGAUGGUGUGUUCAAGUCCUCAUUGUACAAAGACCUACAGGCCCAACCAGGCAGCACACAGAAACUGUCCAAACUUAGAGAGGAGCACAAGCUGAUGCGCAACCAGAGUAUAGUUGGCUCCAAGUUACCGGAGCUGAGUGAAGCGGCCGAGCAGGAAAAAGGACCUCCAUCUUCUGCAAAGACCACAAGCAGCGAGGAGGUGAAGGAGAAAUCUGACGCCAUGCCAAACAUUUCAGAUGUGAUGCUGAGAAAACUAAAACUUCACCGAGGCCUGCCAGGCUGUGCCCCUCCGCUCUCUGAGAAAGAAGUUGAGAACGCCUUCGUCCAGCUGUCGCUCGCAUUUCGUAAUGACAACUAUACUCUGGAGACUCGACUGAAACAAGCAGAGAGGGAGAGGAACCUGACAGAGGAAGACACCGAGAAAGAGCUGGAGGAGUUCAAAGGAGCGCUGAAGAUGACUGCACCACAGUGGCAGAACAUGGAGCAACGGGAAGCGUACCAACGCCUGAUAGAGACACUGGCGGUGCUGUACCGACUGACCACACGACUCUCCAGCAGAGCAGAGAUAGUUGGAGCAGUUCGGCAGGAGAAACGUAUGAACAAAGCCACUGAGGUUAUGAUGCAAUACGUGGAAAAUCUGAAGAGGACAUAUGAGAAGGACCACGCAGAGCUGAUGGAGUUUAAGAAGCUGGCCAACCAGAACUCAAACCGCUGUUAUGGAGCGUCUGCAGACACUGGAGAUGAUGGGGUUGCACGGCCAUCAAGAUCAAUGUCCCUCACCCUUGGAAAGGCUUUACCCCGGCGGAGGGUGAGCGUGGCAGUGGUGCCUAAGUUUAACCUCCUCAACAUCCCGGGUCAGAGCCCAGGCACGUCGGGCCCAAACGUGGGACUCGCAGCGGGUGCUGCUCUUCCUGUCUUGUGUGAAGCAAAUGAUGUGAAAAGCAGCUCCCCCACCGAAGCAGUUCAACCAACACCAGAGUGUGGAAAGAGUGGGACGGAGCCGGAAAGUGAGCCAGCCAAACCUCCAGUAAACUUGGAGGAGCUCAGAGCCGAGAUCAGAGCCGAGAUCAAGGCAAAGAUCGAGGAGGAAGCGUACAAUAAAGGCUAUCAAGAGGGACUGAAACACACCAAAGCUCUCCUGGAAGAGAAACAUGCGGAGGAAAUGGAAGCAGAGAAACUGCUGGAGCUGAAACACAAGGACGAAGAAAGCGGAAAGAGGUAUAAGAGCAGCAGGAGGAUGGAGGAGGUGCUGGUUCUCCUCAGUCGGUUUUGUCCCUCGAUUUCUGUCAGCCGGCGCCUUCUUUGGGUCGUCCUUGUGCUGUUUGUGGUGAUGUGCGUGCUCGUCAGUAUUUUCACUUUCUUCAGUGACUACUACAACCGCCAUGAGGACACAUAAGUAACGCUUCUCGAGACACAACAGAGAUGGCUGGACCGAGAAGAGCCAAAGACGUCUGUAACAGAGGAGCUGAACGACACGUUUUCACCAUUCUAGCAGAUCGUUACGGACGGACACACUUGAAUGGAAAGACUGAUCGAAGGAACUGGUUCAGGAACUGGUUUGGAGGCUUUAUAGAGGAUGUCUUUUUUUUUUUUCUACGCUAAUUCGUAGUUUUGUUUAGAAUGGAAAGUUUGCUGUCUGUUUAUUGGUGGUAAGUUUAGGGACCAAAUAUACAGUGUGAUUAAACUUAUUUAAUUCAUAGGUGCAUAUGUAAUAAUACAUUCUAGCUUUGGUACUUUGAAAUAUGGCACCUUCCUUAAAAUGCCACAGCAAAAAAAAUAAUGUGUAUCAGAAAUUUCUACACAACAGAUUUUUUUAUUUAUAUUUAAAGGUUUUUUUUUUUUUUUUUUUGCAUUUGUUGGUUAAGUUUUGUGAAGGGCAUUUAAGGUUUAGAAAUAAGCACAUACAAACAAGGCUUUUAGUGCAAUAUUUGGAGACUGUCUGAUUUGAGAUUUGGGUCACUGACAGAUUUCCUUUGUUUAUGAGAGCACUUUUUAGAUUACCAUCCCGAGUGCCUGGGUUGAGAACUGUUUUGCUAAUUUACCUUUUAAAUAAAAGGUGUCUAAGAAUGAA